AUGGCUAAAAACUCUUUAGAGAGAUACACUCAUUAUUAUGAACGGUGGGCGACCAACCAAUCGUCAAGGCAAAAAGCUCUAGCAGAUUUACAUCAAAUGCAAACUGUGCAUGUCUUCAUUGCUGCUCAUUAUUGUUUGGCUGUCAAUGAAAACUUGUUUACAGAUAACUAUGACUUACAAAUCACCUCCCCAGGGGAGCUGGGGAGUGCACAACGCAUGUAUUUUGCCACUUGGGUAGACCUGCAGGUCUUCAUUGCUGCUCAUUAUUGUUUGGCUGUCAAUGAAAACUUGUUUACAGAUAACUAUGACUUACAAAUCACCUCCCCAGGGGAGCUGGGGAGUGCACAACGCAUGUAUUUUGCCACUUGGGUAGACCUGCAGCUUGAGAAGCUUAGUGAUAAACAGUCCCAACCUGAAUCACAGUUGAAGUUCAUUAUUGAAGCCUGGCUACAGAUAGUUGAAUGUAGGCGAGUGCUAAAAUGGACCUAUUCAUAUGGAUAUUACCUACCUGAAAAUGAAAAUGCGAAGAGGCAAUUUUUUGAGUACCUGCAAGGUGAUGCGGAGGCCGGUUUAGAAAGGCUUCAUCAGUGCGUGGAGAAGGAACUACAACCUUUUAUUAAUGCCGAGGGCCCUUCUCAAGAUUUCAAUGAUUUCCGCACAAAACUAGCUGGAUUGACAAGAUUGUAUGACUUGCAAAUUUCGCUAGUGGAUGCCGAAAAUUUUGCUGAUGAGAAUAUGUUAUGUCAUUGCAACAGCGUGACUCGGAACUACUUUGAGAACUUGGUUAAGGCAUUAGAGAAUGGGCUUUCUGAUGUGGAUACCCAAGGAACUUCCAGCAAAACAACAAACUCAAAAAGCGCAGCAGGGAGCAGCAAGGGGAAAGUUUCAAGAGGAAAAGGAGCAUCUCGAUCUGGAGGGCCUAGCAAAAAUGUGGAUGAUUCAAGCAGUUGGGCUUGCGAUCACUGCACAUAUUUUAAUCCCAAGUCUACAAACAUAUGUCAGAUCUGCAACCAGCGUCGAUGA